UCGUCGUUAGGUUGCCUUGACGAGAAAGAGAGAACUUGGCGCAAACAUGGUAGAACUCGUGUGUGCCAUUGAUAUUCGAUUUAGCAACGUGGAGGUGCAUUUGGGAAGAAGAGAGGCUUUACCAAUAGACGAGACAGAAUUGGAGAUCACGGCGGGACGGACGGUUGCUACACUAUCUCGCAUUGUCGCGCACGUGAACGUGACGAAUUCGUAAAAGUCGACUCGAUUUCGGGGGGCAACGAUUGAAGAAGAUGCGAAGCAAGUACCGAAGGAAAAAGGAAAAAGUGGUGGUGAAAAGAGGGGAUGGUGAUAUGUAUGUAUACAUGUACGUUGGGAAAGUUUGCAGGAAACGGGAAUAUAAAUGCUGUCGAGGAUCAACGAAAGAUGCGCAUCGAUUCGAAUUGAGUUCUUCGAAGCGAAAAUUGCGUAGUUGUCGCGAGCGGAUGAUUUGCUGCGCACACUCCCGCGCGUUCCCUUUGUGUUAUUUUCGGGCGGAAUCACGGUUCGAAGCUUUAAAUAGGACCAACUUUCCGACAAAGAAGGCAGUUUACAACACCGUUUCUACAUGCUGGAGCAUCGCAGAGUAUUCACUAUGCCCUCCGAAUGCAUCGCCAAUCCAUUACAGCGAGAGUUAGCCGAUGCUAUAAUUCGCUUACAACCGCUCGACGAGAUUCGAAUCUUAUUGGCGUGCGGGGCUAAGGCGAACGAGUCCGUGACACAGGGCUUGAGACCGUUGCAUUACGCGGUCUGGCAGAGGUACACGGAGGCGGCUCAGCUGUUGUUGGUACGCGGCGCGGACAUUGACGCGACCGACGAAUGUGGUUAUUCGGCAUUGCAUCUUGCCGCCGAACAUGGUUACUUAGAUUUGGUGAAGCUACUGCUCGAGCAUGGUGCCAAAGUCGAUCACAGGCAGGAAACCGGAGAACUAUUUCCAAGGACAACGUUGUGCGACGAACCGCUACGGCUUGCUCUGAGAAAUCGACAUGUCGAAGUGGCCAGAAUUCUGCUGGAAGCCGGUGCAAAUCCGAAUAAAAGAUACUUCUUCGGUUCGGAGAUUAAUCUGGUUUCUCCGUUGGAUCUGCAAUGCAUGGAAUUAUUGUUAGCGUUCGGGGCUCAACCUAACACGCGGGACCGUGCUGGACUCACGCCGUUGAUGAAAGCAGCGAGACUACCGCAGGGCAUAGCCUCGGUGCUGCUUCUGCUGAGCUAUGGGGCAGAUGUUAAUUCGAUGGCUGACGCGCGGCACGAUUACCGGACCGUUCUGCAUUACGCGAUCCUUGGCGGGGAUCCGACGGUGAUCGAUCUGCUUUUAAAGCAAGGCGCUCGACUCGAUCUCGGGCCAGACUAUCAAAAACCCACGGCUCUCGAUCUGGCCAUUUUGAAAGGAGACCCUUCGAUCGUUCAAAUGCUGUUGCAAUCGGGCGCUGAUGUAAAUGCCACAUCGCCGAUCAUCGGCUCGCCUCUUCAUGUUGCUUGCGCGGAUAACAUUCCGAAUAGACUGGAGAUUCUAUCGAUGUUACUGGAACGAGGAGCGGACCCCAACUUGGUGAUACGCAGCGAUGAAGGUCCCGCAUUGCGUCCAGUUCUCGCAGAAUACGUCGCUUCCAAUGAGAAUCCCUCUGUCGAAGUGGUAGCACUUUUGCUCAAGUACGGAGCACGAGUUGUCAUUAAGACGCAAUUCCGGGAUCCUCACGGUAUACUCAACUCUCUUCAGAACACAGCGGAUAAGCCACGUUUGCUGAAGGCGUUAUUGGAAGCGGCAGAAAGCUUCGACCCUUGCAUGAUAAAAAGAUCGAGUAGUUUGACGGAUGCACAAAAAGCACUUGUAAUGGAAGCAGCACGAACACCGUUGCCCUUGACUCAUCAAGCGAGGUUAAUAGUGCGCAAGCUCUGCGGUACCAAGUUGCCCAAGAUUGUUUGUAAGCUACAGUUGCCUCAGUCGCUACAUCGUUAUCUUCUCUACGAUUUCCAUUGAAAUUUCGUUAACGUUUCGGUAUAUGUAUUUUCGCCACACAACGGAAUCGUGUUCAAUUUUGCAUGGUAUAAAUGUCGUAUACCUUUUUCAACACCGUCAUGGUCAUCGUCGCCGUU